AUUUCAGAUGAUAUAAAAAUCAAUGAUGAUUUUUUAAGACCUCAGAAAAAUAAAUGCACUCAUUAUUUAUUAUUUUCACCGGAUUUGAAUUGGACAACAAUAGUAGUAGGUCCCCAGACAGUGAGCAAGGUGGUAGUCGUGACUUUAUCGACAAGAUGGAAAAUAGAAGAAUAUUUAAGAAAACCAGAAUCAAGAAAAAUAGUUAAUUUGUUAAUUGUAUCCCACGUAUUAAAGCAAGACAUUUUUUUUGGAUUGGAAGAACGUUUCAAUUUGAGCCAAUAUACUAAUCUUUACACCCACAAUCUUCUCACAGAUCCUAUUGGUAGCAGUACUGUUGAAUUUUUAACAAGUUGGAGAUGUGGAAAAUUAUCAAGGAAUCAAAAUUUAUUUCCUCAAAAAAUGAAAAAAGGUUUCAAUGGAAAACAAUUUGUAAUAUCUGCUUCAGAACAACCACCGUUUACUUUUCGAAAAAAAAUAACUCUGGAAGAAGAUUUAAACGAUUCUAAAUUGUGGGAUGGAGUGGAAAUAAGACUUUUAAGAUUGCUGUCGGAUUUUUUAAAUUAUACUAUUGAAAUUCAUCAGCCUAAAACAUCGAUUAGCGACACCAAAGGUCCAAGUGAAAUUGUCAUAGAAGAUAUAAUAUCAGGUACGGCAGAAAUCGGAAGUGCUGGAGUUUACGUCACAAAUCAAAGAUUAUCUGAUAUUUGGCUUUCAGCGCAACAUACCACGGAUUGUGCUGCCUUCAUAACAAAAGCUACUACUUCACUUCCACGGUAUCGAGCCAUAUUGGGACCGUUUCAACUAUCCGUUUGGAUUUCAUUAACCAUAACUUAUUUAAUUGCAAUCAUUCCACUCACUUUUGCUGAUUCUCAUUCAUUAAAACCCUUAAUAAGAAAUCCAUGGUUAUUCGAAGAAAUGCACGUUUUUGGGACGUUUACUAAUUUAUUCACUUUUACCGAAAAAAAAUCUUGGACCAAGAGUAAAAAAAAUGCAUCAAGAUUAUUAAUAGGUUGGUAUUGGGCAUUUUCUGUAAUAGUCACUGCAUGCUACACCGGAAGUAUUGUGUCUUUCAUAACUCUUUUUGUAUUCCCGGAUGUUAUUGAUAAUGUUGACCAAUUGGUGAAAAUGAAUUUUCGAAUCGGAAGUUUAACUAAUUUAUUGAUUUCGAUGUAUAAAAUACGAAAAAAACGUAAUAUGAUUCAUCCAUCAGGUACGGCCGGUUGGGAUACCUGGUUUAACAAUUCUGAUCAUGAAAAAACUAAAUGGCUGUUGAGAGAUGUUGAAUUGGUUCCGAAUACGACCCAAGGUUUAAAAAAUGUGAGCAAUUCCUUUUAUUUACCCAUGUUUCGUCCAUAUGCAUUUUUAGCCGGAAGAGCACAAAUGGAAUAUAUUAUUCAAGCUAAUUACACAUCAUCUAAACGAAAAGAAAUGUUAUAUAUAAGCAAAGAAUGUUUUGUCCCAUUUGGAGUAUCAUAUGUUUUUCCAAGAAACGCCAUAUAUGCCGAUAAAUUUAGCGAAUACAUAUUAAGAAUACAACAAAGCGGACUCAUGGGAAAACUCUUGAAUGAAUUUAAAUGGGAAAUUGAAAGGUCAUCUGCGGGAAAGCUGUUGCAGGCUAGUUCAGGUGUCCCCCUAAAGGAAAUAGUACCAGUUCAGCGUAAGCUUACUCUUGAUGACACACAAGGAAUGUUUCUUCUUCUCGGAGCUGGAUAUUUAAUUGCAAUUGUUGCGUUUAUAACAGAAAUAAUUGUUUAUUGUAAAAAAAAUAAAAGAAACAUGGAUGAAACGUCUAAAUUACCAAAUUUAAAAGUUUACGUUUUAUCAGUAAGGUCUUUAUUGAGAUUACAAAAAGAAAAUAAUAGUCCACAUUCUCAACAAAUAACUUCUUCAAAACAACCCAUCGAUAUUCGUAAAUAUAAAAAUUUUGAUUCUUAUGAUCCAAGAGACAAUGACAAGGGAUUUUUACAUAAUCGAAAGGAUAAAACUUUUUUUGAAGAAAAUAUUACAACGUCCUUGGAGUCCCUAAGUAAAAAUUACGUGAACGAUGGUAAUCGUAAAUCUACAGUUUCAUUAACUUGGGACGAGGAUUGUAGUUCUUUACAUAAAAGACAGAAGUUUACCAGAGUACGGACAUCGUAA